ACAUUUCAUGAAGUUUAAAAGAAAAAGAAAAAGAAAUGAGCAAGAAAUACUUGUACUAUAUAAAUGAAUGUUUGUGGAUCUUCACUCAGAUCCCCUUUUCAUGGAAGUGAACUAGUGGGCGAGAUUUCAAACAGAAAAAAAAAACAUUAUUUCCAAAAUUGGCUCAACUGUUGGGUGCCUGCCUCUAUUGCUGCUGCAGAAACGAAGACGAAAAUGGGUGGUUUUGUUAAGCUAUUGGACUUGCUUCUUUUCGUCUACUUCUUGUUAAUCGCCAUUGUUGCACCACUCUUUGAUGGCCAAGUUGCUCUUCCUAAACACAUGUUUCCUCCUGUGUUGGUUGACCUAAAGAGCUGGUACACUCAAGAAUAUGGUGACUAUUUGGUUUCUGAGAAACCCCAUUUCUUUGUUGGGUUAAUCUGGUUAGAGCUUCUCUUUGCUUGGCCCCUCUCUCUCCUUAGUCUUUAUGCUAUCGCAGCUGGAAAAUCUUGGAUUAAUACUACCUGCUUGCUCUAUGGUGUUUCCACUCUCACUGCCAUGGUGGCGAUACUAAGUGAAAUGAAAGGUUCCGAGAAAGCAUCAGACAAAUUGCUGAUGGUGUACUAUCCAUUUCUAGGAUUUGCUGUUCUAGCAAUUUUACGUGGUCUACUACCUCAUUCUGGCAAGAGUAUGAGUAUUGGUAAAAGAUCAGCUAUAAGCAGGAAGAAGAGGGCUUAAUCCUUCAACUCAGAAGCUUAGAAUUGAAGAGUUUGUAUUUCUUUUGGCAGUGAUACCCUAGUAACCAUAUCAUUUUUUGUUAUUGGUUCCUUUUCGUUUCCCUUGCCGACAUUAUGUUUUGAUGGCUUGUGCAUGAAUUUUCACGUAGACAAUCACAAAAUGAGUUGUAGUUUCCUAGUGCUGACAUUGUUAGUAUUAAAUCUUGAUUUGAUUCCUUUUGUAUCCAGUGUUAUGCUUGCUAUUUUCUACUAUUAAAUCUUCCUACAGUUAUGUG